UUGCAUGUGAACUUUUUCGGUAUCCAGAGAGUCAUCCAUAGUGCUGAAAAUUGAACAAUCAUCAGUGGGUAUUAAAGCAUACACUACAUCACAUAGUGAACAUCUCACUUCUGACGUUACGACAGAGGGAAGAUCAUCAAUGAAGCAGCUGAAGAUGGUUAAGUUGAGGACACUACCCUGACAAACCCAUGAUGAGAUGAUCUAGGGUUGAGAUGGCGUUCAACAACCACAACAAUCUUACAUUGGUGAAACCUGGGUUCGAAGCCACUGAAUACAGCAAAAUGGUCCUAGUGUUCCCCAGAAUUUCUCUGAAGCCAGAGGUGGAGGCAUAUCUCCUAAGUGUCUUUAAGAAUAAAGAGAUUCUGGCAAAUAUACAAUCUGAACAGUCCAACUUUAAAUUUGAAUCUCUACUGAGCCGUUUAUCGCAUCCUCCAGCUUUCACGUGCAUUAGGGUCAAUACUUGUGCAGCAUCCACUGAUCAAGUUAAAAAGCUGUUGACUGAAGAGCUCCAGAAGCAAUGUAAAGGAUGGCCUAUGAGUGAUAUUCCAGUACUGGAACAUCCAGAGCUUCCAGAUGUUCUUCUAAUACCAGUUAUUGGUCCUAGGAUAAAUCUGCAGAGGCACUCCAUAGAAGUGAUUGUGGGGGCACAGUGUGGGAAUGCUGUACUUCGUGGAGCACAUGUUUUUAUCCCUGGCAUCCUCUCAGCUCCAAAACUAAUGAGAGAUGGGGAUGCUGUUUCUGUAUAUUCCGAUAUUGGUGGCAAGUGUAAAAGAGGUGCAGUAGAGUUCGUGGGAUCAAAAACAUUUGUAGGGAAUGGAAUUGCUGAAUUAAGUCGCAAUGAAAUAUUUUCCUCAAAUUGCACUUUAAGGGGUGUGGGAAUCAGAAUGACAGAACCAGUUUACAUCAGCCCAUCAUUCGACAACGUCUUGCCUAGUUUGCUAUUUUUGCAGAACUUGCCAUCUGUGGUAGUGAGUCAUGUGUUGGAUCCCAAACCUGGAGAGCGAAUCUUGGAUAUUUGUGCUGCUCCCGGUGGAAAAACCACCCAUAUUGCAGCAUUAAUGAAUGAUAAGGGGGAAGUAAUAGCAAUGGAUAAAAUUGCGAAUAAAGUGAAGAAGAUAAAGCAGAAUGCUGAGAAUUUACAACUAAAAUGUAUUAAAGUGUUUUGUUAUGAUGGAACUAAAGCACUGGCAAAGGAAGGCAAUUGGGAUGGGCAAGCAGGACCUCCAUUUCUACCGGAAUCCUUUGAUCGUAUACUUCUGGAUGCGCCUUGCAGUGGGUUAGGUCAGAGACCAAAUAUGGCGUGUGAUUGGAGUUUAAAGGAAAUCGCUUCUUAUCCGCCAUUACAACGAAAAUUGUUUAGAGUGGCAGUGAACUUACUAAAACCUGGAGGCAUUUUGGUAUAUAGCACUUGUACAAUAACACUGACAGAAAAUGAAGAACAAGUUGCCUGGGCACUCGAUUCUUUUCCUUGUUUAAGCCUACAGUCACAGGAACCUCACCUGGGUGAAGAAGGAAUGAUGGGUGCUGGUCUGUCCAAUGAUCAGCGGCAAUUGCUGCAGAGAUUUGAUCCAGCCAGCGUGACUGAAGGGCAUACCAGUGUUUCUUGUUCAGAUCUGGACAGCAGCCAGAUAGAACACUUAAUCAAGUCUGCUAAUAAGGACACAAUAGGCUUCUUUAUUGCUAAAUUUAUGAAGAUGCAGGAUGGCUAACAGUUAUUAACUGUAAUUAAAAUAACCCAAAUUCUGGAAAUACAAAACAAAAACAGGAGAUGAUGGGAAUUAGAUGCAGGCCCAUUAGCAUCGGUAAGGAGUUUAGAUCUGGUUAUUGAUGUUUAUAGUGUACAUCAUUCAUUAGUGGUUUAAUCAUUUGUAGGUUCUUUGUGGACUGAAAACCUGAAGCUCUGUUAAGAGCAUCAUCAGUAUAUUCUUGUGACGGCAAUUCAAAAGCAUUGUUGCUAUGGUAGCAGUAGAUUUUGCCAGCUGUUCAAUGGGGUCAUAAACCAUGCAGUGAGAAAGAUCAUUAUGGGCUUUUGCAUUUUAUACAGAACCCAAGUUGCAACAUUUGGUUUCAGCCACUUACUCAUUUCUUAAAAAAAGGUUUGUCGAUGGAAUGUACAAAACUGCAUGUGAAAUGUAUGUACUUAAUGUUGAAUUUUACGAGUUUCAUGUUAUAUUUAAACAUAAGUGAAUAUGUUUUGUGAUUUAUAAAAUAGAAAUGUGAAUUUUUUUUGUCAUUUGUAAUUUUUAAUGAUUGUUAAAUUUUGUACUUUUAUAGGUGAUGAAUGAAAUAGACUAAUAUCAGCAAUAAAAUUGCACAGCAUUUGCAAAUACGCAAUGUAAUCGAGCAGCAUCAACAUUGCUUCAAAUUUAUUAAAUAAAUAUAUUAAAGUACUUUGAUGACAUAAUAAUCAGCCUAGAUAAAGGGAACCAGGAAACAUAAUAAAUAUCCGGUAUAAUCAGGUACCACAUAUCAAGGUAAUUAGCAAGAUGAGGUUGAGAUGUUAGAGGUA